AUGGCCUUCUCUCCUCUACUUACUUCUUUGGAUGCCUUGUCAUUUGAAGAAAGCAAUAACAAUGACAAGAGACAGAAAAUUGAAAAUCUCCUUGAAGCUAAAAGCUUAAUUUUUGCAGAACCUUGGUACAAGACUGUUAAUAGUUUGCAUCUAUGGAAUGCUUCUUUAAUUGAUGUUAUAUUAAUCUCCAGUCCAAUGGGUAUUAUGGGGUUGCCCUUUCUUACUCGGAGGAAGGGUUUCUCAGCUAAGAUCUAUGUAACACUAGCAUCAGCAAGAUUAGGCCAGUUAAUGAUGGAAGAUCUUGUAUCAAUGCAUGCGGAAUUUAGGCAGUUUUACGGAUCGAAGGAGUCUAAUUUCCCUCCAUGGCUGAGGCAGGAAGAACUUGAAAUACUUCCCUCUGUAUUAAAAGAGAUAUUGGCAGGAAAAGAUGGAGUGGAGUUGGGUGGUUGGAUGCCCAUGUACAGUGCAGCUGAUGUGAAGGAUUGUAUGCUAAAGAUCAACUCACUUAAUUAUGCCCAGGAAGUAUGCUACAACGGUACAGUGGUUAUAAAAGCAUUCAGCUCUGGUGUAGAAAUAGGGAGUUGUAAUUGGAUUCUAAAUGGUCCAAAGGGAGAUAUUGCUUAUCUUUCAAGCUCCUGCUUCUUUUCUGCGCAUGCAAUGGCUUUUGAUUACCGCAGUCUACAAGGGACUUCUGCAUUAAUUUAUUCAGAUUUCUCAUCCUUGAGUGAUACACAAGAUAUUGAAGAUGGUGAUAAUUACACUGAUCCAACUUCUGAUAAUUUAUUACCGCCGAGUUUUCAAGAUUCAGAUGGAUUCAACCUUAACUCUGAUGAAGAUUUAGAAGAAAAGGAAAAACUAGUGUUCAUAUGCUCAUGUGCUAUAGAGUGUGUCAAAGAUGGUGGUUCGGUUCUUAUUCCUAUUAAUCGACUUGGAACUAUUUUGCAGCUUUUGGAGGAAAUGACUACAUUACUCGAAGCUUCAGCUAUGGAGGUUCCAGUUUACAUAAUUUCUUCAGUGGCUGAAGAAUUACUCACAUGGCUUAACAUCAUACCAGAGUGGCUUUGUAAACAGCGGCAAGAAAGAUUAUUUUCGGGGGAACUAUUAUUUGCGCAUGUCAAGCUCCUAAAAGAGAAAAAGAUUCAUGUGGUUCCGAAUAUUCAUUCACAUGAACUUUUAAAGAAUUGGCAAGAACCCUGCAUUGUAUUUUGUCCUCACUGGAGUCUUCGUAUGGGUCCAGUUGUUCAUCUGCUUCGAAGAUGGUGUGGCGAUCCAAAAUCUUUGCUUAUCCUUGAGGAUAUGGUGAAUCCUGAGCUAGCACUGUUACCUUUCAAGCCAGUUGCAAUGAAGGUUCUUCAAUGUCUGUUUCCCUCUGGAAUAGGGUUGCAGAAAGUUCAACCCUUACUCAAGACAUUGCAACCAAAGACUGUUCUGUUCCCUGAAGAUUUGAGAUUGAAAACAAAUUUCUCAUGUGAAAAGUCUUUCUUAGUUUUGUAUUAUACCGAAACCGAAACUCUAAAAGUGUCACGUCAAAAGGACAGUUCAGAGAUAAAAAUUGCGGCUGAUUUGGCUUCCCAGUUUUAUUGGAAAACCUUUAAAAAGGAAGGAAUCAAUGUCACAAGAUUAAAGGGGAAGCUAUUAAUGGAAAAUGGUAGACACCACUUGUUCUUAGAUAAUGACAAAAAAGCUUCGUCAAGAAAUAGUUCUUUGUUACGUUGUGGUUUAGUAGAUUCGAAUAAAUUACUCGCUGCAUUAUCGAAAAUGGGAAUUAAUGCUUCUAUGGAACAUGGUACGGAUGAUGCUGGACCAACAAAUGUUCGUAUAGUUCAUACAGAGGAACCAUACAAAGCUUUGAUAGAGAUUGGAAAUACCAGUACAGCUAUUACUACCGUCGAUGACAAUGUCGCGUCCAUUCUUUUUAAAGCUAUAGACAACAUUUUGGACGAGGUCUGCUAG